AUGAAGCGGGAAAAAUUAGAUAAAUGCUUUGGAAAAUUCUUAGAGAUGUUGAAACAGCUGUAUGUGAAAAUCCUGUUCACCGAGGUGUUCACCCAGAUGCUAGCCUAUGCCAAAUUCCUGAAGGAAAACCUGUCAAGUAAAACGAAACUCGAGGAAACGAAAGUGGUCAAACUCAAUACACACUGCAGUGCCAUUCUACAUUACAAAAUUCCUCAAAAGUGUGGGUAUCCUGGUAGCUUCACCAAAUCCUGCUCAUUAGGGAGCGAAAAGUUUGACAAGUCCUUGUGUGACUCACGUACAUCCAUUAACUUGAUUCCAUUAUCGGUGUUCCAAAAAUUGGAUGGAGAACUAGGAGUCAUCAAAUAUGUGCUAGUAUCUCUGCAACUGGCUGAUCAGACCACGAUCAUACCAUUGGGCAUAAUCGAGGACAUUCUG